AACCCUUGUUAUUCCCGCGCUCGAAUCAAAAAAACAUCGUACAAAAUUAAUGCUUUUAAUUGUAAAAUAAACAAUGAUAAAACUAAACAAAUUAAAUUCAAGUGAUGUAGAAUCUGAUAACGAAUCGCGAUUGUCAACAAAUGCUUCUGAAACUUCAACAAAUGCAUCAGCUUCGGCUCAAAGAAGCUCAGCAAAAGCAGGAAGAAGAAAAUCAAAAGGCAAAAAUAAUGCCAAUAAACCUAUUAUGAGUCUUUAUCGUUUCAAUUGUUUUGUGACAGAAGAAAAUGCAAAACAGAUCUUUGCCGUACAAUUUAAUCAUUUCAUGAAGGAUCGAAAUAUUUUUGCAACAGCGUCUGGUUAUCGAAUCUCUAUUUAUGAAUGUAUUGAACCUAAAGAUUCUGAAGAUGAAGGGAUUGAAGAUGAUGAAGAUUUCUGUGGAAUAAAACUUUUGAGAGCUUACGAUGAUCCUGAUCGAGAUGAAGUUUUUUACACACUUGCGUGGAGUUACGAAGAAAAUGGAUCAUCAAUAAUAGCAUGUGGUGGUGUUCGUAGUGUAGUCAGGAUAAUUUACUGCAAUGGACCAGGCUUACAUGAGAAGAAAUUCAUCGGUCAUACGAACGCUAUAAAUGAAUUAAAAUUUCAUCCGACACAACCGCACUUGCUACUGACAGCUAGUAAAGAUCAUUCCAUGCGAUUAUGGAAUGUCAAAACUGACAUUUGUGUCGCAAUUUUUGGAGGAGUUAGUGGACAUCGUGACGAAGUUCUUGCGAUUGAUUUCGAUGUUCAAGGAAAACAUGUUGUAUCUGGUGGUAUGGAUCACAAUUUAAAGAUCUGGAAGCUUGAAACGGAUGAGCUUCAAACUGCAAUCGACGAAAGUGCUACUUAUUACGAUUUGUGGUUUGUUCGGAUGGAUCUUGAUAUGAGUCAACGAUUUCUUGCUGUUGGCAAUUCGGUUGGUAAAAUUUUUGUGUUUGAUUUAGAAUCAGACACGCCAAAUAUUAAACCGAAUAUAAUGUCACAUUAUAAAGCAACAAAAGCCAUCCGACAAAUUGCGUUCUCAAGAAACAGUGACAUUCUAGUUGCAUCAUGCGAUGAUGGAAAAAUAUGGCGAUGGGACAAACGAGAUUGA